CUCAAGCAGUCCUCCCACCUCGGCCUCCCAGAGUGCUAGGAUUACAGGCGUGAGCCACCGCGCCCGGCCUCCUGAAGCAAAUUCUGCUGAAAUGCCAACAUCCCCUCGGUGAGGACCCUGUCUGUCCCCACGGGAGAAGGAAGCCCCGCCCCUCAAGGGCCUUAACCUCUGGAUUGGCUCCGCCUCGCCGCCUGCCUUUCUCGCCCUCCGCCGCCAGGGGGCGGAGCCUGGAGCGCUACCCAAUCAACAGCGACAUUCUGCCACCUGUCCAAUCAGGAGCGCCGCUGAGAGGGCGGGAAGCUCCACGAAACCGCGGGAUCUGCCCCCGCCGUGUGCACUCGGCGUCGCACCUGUGCUGUUCUGGGAGGUGUGGCUGCGCCGCGGCCGCUUCCGAGCUGAGACCUGACUGACUGCAAAAGCAGGGAGACCCAGGGACAACCCGGAAGCCGAAAAAUGGAUAUGAUUGGCUUUCUCCACCUUACCUGAUGAUGGAGGCCUCCAGGAGGAGAGAAGAUGAUAGGAGUCGGUGACCUUUGAGGAUGUGGCUGUGAACUUCACUCAAGGGGAAUGGGCUUUAUUGAAUCCUUCCCAGAAGAAUCUGUACAAAGAUGUGAUGCGGGAAACCUUGAGGAACCUGUCCUUUGUAGGAAUAAAAUGGGAAGACCAGGACAUUGAAGAUCGAUACAGAAAUCCAAGGAGAAAUCUAAGACAUUAUAUGGCAGAGAGACUCCGUGAAAGUAAAGCAGAGCGUCAAGGUGGAGAAACCUUGAGCCAAAUUCCAAAACAUGUUCUGCACAAGAAAACUCCUGCAGUAAAAGCAUGUGAAAGCAGUGUGUGUGGAGAGGUCGUCAUGGGUCAUUCAUUUCACAUGAGAGAUCAUGCUGACCAUGAACCAAAUGAGUAUCAGGAAUUCACAGAGAAGCCAUAUACACAUAGCCGAUGUGAGAAAGCCUUCGGUGAUCACCACUCUUUCCCAACACAUCAAAGUCCUCACACACAUGCUAGACAGAAACCCUAUGAUUGUAAGGAAUGUGGGAAAACCUUUACUUCUCCCAAAACUCUUCGAACACACAUGGUAACACACACUGGAGAUGGACCUCAUAAAUGUAAGGUUUGUAGGAAAGGCUUUGCUUAUCCCAGUUUGUUACGUAUUCAUGAAAGAAGUCACACUGGGGAGAAACCCUAUGAAUGCAAGCAAUGUGGUAAAGCCUUCAAAUAUUCCUAUUACAUUGAAAUACAUAAAAGAAUUCACACUGGAGAGAAACCCUAUAAAUGUAAAAUAUGUGGUAAAGCCUUUAUUUAUCCUGUUCAAAGCCAUGAAAAGACUCACAAUAGAGAGAAUCUGUAUGAAUGUAAGCAGUGUGGGAAAGCAUUCUCUCUUACAAGUUUGCGAAGACACAUGAUAAUGCACACUGGAGAGGGACGUUACAAAUGUAAGGUGUGUGGGAAAGCCUUUGAUUACCCCAGUGAAGUUCGAAUACAUGAAAGAAUACACACUGGAGAGAAGCCCUAUCAGUGUAAGCAAUGUGGGAAGGCCUUCAGUUGUUCCAGUACCUUUCGAAAACAUGAACAAAUCCACACUGGAGAGAGACCCUAUAAAUGUACAAAAUGUGAGAAAGCCUUUAGAUCUCGCAGUUCUGUUAGAAAUCAUGAAAUGACUCACACUGGAAAGAAACCCUAUGAAUGCAAGGAAUGUGGAAAAACAUUUAUUUGUGCCACAAGCCUUCGAAGACACGUGAUAAUGCACACUGGAAAUGGAGCUUAUAAGUGUAAGGUAUGUGGGAAGGCCUUUGCUUUUCCCAGUUCAUUUCAUAGACAUGAAAGAAUUCACACAGGAGAGAAAGCCUAUGAAUGCAAGCAAUGUGGUAAAACCUUCCGUCGUUCCGGUUCCUUUCGAAUACAUAAAAGAAAGCAUACUGGAGAAAAGCUGGAGUCAUGUAAAUAACGUGGUAAUGCCUUCACGUAGCCCAAGUACACUGGAAUAUAUAAAAGAACUCACACUGGAGAGAAAUUGUAUGAACCUAAGGACAGUGGGAAAGCAUUCCAUUUUCCAAGUUCCCUUUAUCUAUUUUAUUUUUUCUUUUAACCUAAUUUAUUUAUUUAUUU